UCUUCUGUGGUCCUGCCCCUGCUGCCUGAGCAUCCGGGCUGGCAAGGGGAAGGGGAGGGAGGGCUAAUAGAAGGGCCGGGAUGAGAAAAAAACCUGAGGUCAAGAUGCUGUGCAGAGCAACCCCAGAUGGGGUCUAAGGCUGUAGAGAUGAUGGGAGGGGGAAGCUAGUAGGCUUAUCUGAGAAGCCCACCUCAGCACAGCUCCUGUCCCCUCACCUGCCAGAGACCUGGACAGUAGGGUUAGGCUCUGAUUGGCUAAGUGGGAUGGGGGUCAUCUUUUAGGAUUCUCUGUUCUAGACUACCCUUCCCCUCAUAUAUACUUCCUCUCUGCUAAGAUUGGCUGGAUUAGCAUUGUGACUCAUGCCUCUGCCCUCCCUCUCAUGGCCUGAAUGGACCCUCAACCAAGCAAGCCCCUUCCCCUCUUCCUCUAGACCACCCCCCUCCAGGGUUAAAGCUGCAGCCCGUUGCCGAGGUAACAUUGCGGGGCAGCAUCCUGUCGCCCAGCAACCGGCUGCAGGAUCAUGCAUCUGUCCCUGGAUUUGCCCCUUCAGCAUCCCCUCCUCACUUUAAUCCCUGGCUUUGGGCACCCCAACUUCUAAGGGAAGACAUGGAAGGACCUGGGGAGAAAGGGCUUUCCAAGUACACAGAUCUUUAGGGAAUGAUGGGGAGAGAAGGCACUGGGGUUUGUAGUUCAAGAAGGCCCAGCGUCUGGCCUGGGGUGGGGGUUCAGAGCCAUGAAAUUACAGCUCAGGAGUAAUUAACACGUAUAAACAAACCCGCCACUUCCUGCUAAUUAAUGACUUGGUAUUUUUAUUUUCUCUUCCUUGUCUGUCUCAUUGUCUCCCAGGGAAGUGGGGACUGGGACGUCUGAGUCCCUAGGGGGAGCCUGCCUGGGAGGGAUAGAGGCAGGAAAGGGGCACUCUGAGUCUGGGAAGCUGAAGCUCCCUCCUCGGACCCUGCCCUGAACAUUUAUUUACCAUAUCUGACUCCACCCCAAACUUGGGUCUCUGCGGAGGGGAAGAGGACAGUUGGGGAAAGGGGGUCGGGCCUGCCUGCACCUUCUUCUACCUUCUUCCCCUUCCCCACCCCUUACCCCCUCCAUGGAGAGAAAUAGACUCCUCUUCUGCCCCUUCUAACCCAGGUCCCUACCCGUCCCCCUCCUCCUUCCUUUCCCCGCCCCCUCCUCCCUCCUGGGGCGAGGGGGGCCUCCCUCCCUCUCCCCCCCUUCUCUCUCUCUCCGAGGGGGGGGGAUCAGGGGAGGGAGGGGGGGUCCCCCAAUCAGCAUGUGGCUCCUGGCGUUGUGUCUGGUGGGGCUGGCUGGGGCUCAACGGGGAGGAGGGGGUCCCGUCGGCGGCGCCCCAGGCAGCCCAGGCCUGGGCCUCGGUAGCCUCGGGGAGGAGCGCUUCCCGGUGGUGAACACAGCCUACGGGCGAGUGCGCGGUGUGCGGCGCGAGCUCAACAACGAGAUCCUCGGUCCGGUCGUGCAGUUCUUGGGCGUGCCCUACGCCACGCCGCCCUUGGGCGCCCGCCGCGUCCCGCCGCCUGAGCCUCCGGCCUCGUGGCCCGGCGUGCGCAACGCCACCACCCUGCCGCCCGCCUGCCCGCAGAACCUGCACGGGGCCCUGCCGGCCAUCAUGCUGCCUGUGUGGUUCACCGACAACUUGGAGGCGGCCGCCACCUACGUGCAGAACCAGAGCGAGGACUGCCUGUACCUCAACCUCUACGUGCCCACUGAGGACGGUCCGCUCACAAAAAAACGUGACGAGGCGACGCUCAAUCCGCCAGACACAGAUAUCCGGGACUCUGGGAAGAAACCAGUGAUGCUGUUUCUACAUGGCGGCUCCUACAUGGAGGGCACUGGGAACAUGUUCGACGGCUCAGUCCUGGCUGCCUAUGGCAAUGUCAUCGUAGCCACGCUCAACUACCGUCUUGGGGUGCUCGGUUUUCUCAGCACUGGUGACCAGGCUGCAAAAGGCAACUAUGGGCUCCUGGACCAGAUCCAGGCGCUGCGCUGGCUCAGUGAAAACAUUGCCCACUUUGGAGGUGACCCUGAGCGCAUCACCAUCUUUGGGUCUGGUGCGGGGGCUUCCUGUGUCAACCUGCUGAUCCUCUCCCACCAUUCAGAAGGACUGUUCCAGAAGGCCAUUGCUCAGAGUGGCACUGCCAUUUCCAGCUGGUCUGUCAACUAUCAGCCGCUCAAGUACACGCGGCUGCUGGCAGCCAAAGUGGGCUGUGACCGAGAGGACAGCACUGAGGCUGUGGAAUGUCUACGCCGGAAGUCUUCCCGAGAGCUAGUGGACCAGGAUGUACAGCCUGCCCGCUACCACAUUGCCUUUGGGCCUGUGGUGGACGGCGAUGUAGUCCCUGAUGACCCCGAGAUCCUCAUGCAACAGGGAGAAUUCCUCAACUACGACAUGCUCAUCGGUGUCAACCAGGGAGAGGGCCUCAAGUUCGUGGAGGACUCUGCAGAGAGUGAGGAUGGCGUGUCUGCCAGCGCCUUUGACUUCACCGUCUCCAACUUUGUGGACAACUUGUAUGGGUACCCAGAGGGCAAGGACGUGCUUCGAGAGACCAUUAAGUUCAUGUAUACGGACUGGGCUGACCGGGACAAUGGCGAGAUGCGACGGAAGACCCUGCUGGCACUCUUUACUGACCACCAAUGGGUAGCCCCAGCUGUGGCCACUGCCAAGCUGCAUGCCGACUACCAAUCCCCUGUCUACUUUUACACCUUUUACCACCACUGCCAGGCUGAAGGCCGGCCAGAGUGGGCUGAUGCCGCACAUGGGGAUGAGCUACCCUACGUCUUUGGUGUGCCCAUGGUGGGCGCCACUGAUCUCUUCCCCUGCAACUUCUCCAAGAAUGACGUCAUGCUCAGCGCAGUGGUCAUGACAUACUGGACCAACUUCGCCAAGACUGGUGACCCCAACCAGCCUGUGCCACAGGACACCAAGUUCAUCCACACCAAGCCCAACCGCUUUGAAGAGGUGGUGUGGAGCAAGUUCAACAGCAAGGAAAAGCAGUACCUGCACAUCGGCUUGAAACCUCGCGUGCGUGACAACUACCGCGCCAACAAGGUGGCCUUCUGGCUGGAGCUUGUGCCUCACCUGCACAACCUUCACACGGAGCCUUUCACCACCACCACUCGCCUGCCUCCCUAUGCCACACGCUGGCCACCUCGCACACCUGGCCCUGGCACUUCCGGCACACGCCGUCCUCCCCCACCUGCCACUCUGCCACCUGAGUCUGAUAUUGACCCGGGCCCACGAGCCUAUGACCGCUUCCCUGGUGACUCGAGGGACUAUUCCACGGAGUUGAGCGUCACUGUGGCUGUGGGAGCUUCCCUCCUCUUUCUCAACAUCCUUGCCUUUGCCGCCCUCUACUACAAGCGGGACCGGCGACAGGAGCUUCGGUGCAGGCGGCUUAGCCCACCCGGAGGCUCAGGCUCAGGUGUGCCUGGUGGGGGCCCCCUGCUUCCCACUGCUGGCCGAGAGCUACCCCCAGAGGAGGAGCUGGUGUCACUGCAGCUGAAGCGGGGUGGUGGUGUUGGGGCGGACCCUGCUGAGGCCCUGCGCCCUGCCUGUCCACCCGACUAUACCCUGGCUUUGCGCCGGGCACCGGACGAUGUGCCUCUCUUGGCCCCCGGGGCCCUGACCCUGCUGCCCAGUGGCCUGGGGCCCCCACCCCCACCCCCACCUCCUUCUCUCCAUCCCUUUGGGCCCUUCCCACCACCUCCUCCUACUGCUACCAGCCACAACAACACGCUACCCCAUCCCCACUCCACCACUCGGGUAUAGGGGGCGGCUUGGGGAGGGCUACCUCCCUAACCCUCCCCAGCCCAGGCCACUUGAAGGCAGGGAGGAGGACUUGGCACCGGGCUCUUCCCCUGUGGAUUUGUCAAACGUCAUGGAGCAGCGCUAAGGUGGACAUGGGAUACCUCAUGGCGAUGGGAGUUUUUCCCAUGCAGAGAAGCCCAUUCUCUUCUCUGGACCUGGGCCUUUGAAAACCUGGGCUAUUUUUGCCCUCCGAUGGGACACCAGUCUUCGGUGUGUGGAAAUGUGGAAGUCUUUUUUUCCCACGUGGAGGUGUGCUUUCCUCAUGAGGGGGUGUUUUCCCAUGUGCAGGGUGAGGUUUUUUUGUUUUUGUUUUUGCCGCCCUGGACACAUGUUGUCCCCCUUGAAGAAGAAUUUCUGCGGGGAUUUGUACCCCAGAAUCCUGUUCCCUCAUGCCUUUGCCUUCUCCCCGUCCCACUCCCUGGAGACCCUGGAAGUGAUGUGUUCACAUACAGUGACCCUUGGCCACCAGACAAUACAGGGUGGUACCUGGGGAGCAGCAAGGAAAUCACAGGCCCCCUGGACCCCACUCCCCAUCCACCCUGAAAAGCAUGUUUCUCCCCCCAUGGCACAAGUCAGGCGAAGCACGUUCUCCUUGGAGACCCUUGCCUUCCAUAGACAACACAGAUUUCCUGCUAGAGGGAAGGGAGAUCUGUGCAUCCCAGCACUGUCUGGAAACUUACCUUCCCAUGGUCCAGGACACAUUUCACUGAAUGGAAACAUGUUCUUGCAUGUGGAUGUGUGUUUCCCAGGCAGAGGGUCCCGCUCUCCCCAGCUCUUCCCUGCAUUCCCCAACACCUCAGGCCCAGCACACAAUCCUCCUUACAUAGCAGGUGGGGAAAGACUUCAAGUUGACAGAGCCACGGGGGGAGGGGGAGGACGAACCUGGAGGGAGACGCAGAGGUGAGAGGAUGUGGGGGCAUGGCACGUGUCACACAAGAGGCCAUGCAUGUUUGACCUCAUGGGGCCUGAGGACAGCUUUCCCUCAGUCCUUGAGAUCAUUGCUCAUCCGUGCCAAACUGGGUAGGGGAGUUAGGAGACUCAAAAUGUGCCAAGGAUCCCCUAAGUCCUAGUCCAGGGAAGGGAAAUGUCAGGGACAGGUGGCAGCUAAGCCCCCCCCCCCCUAUGUCUCAUCCCUAUGUCAUUUCCCCUUAACUGCCUUUCUUCUCCUUCUCCAUCACUGGCUCCUUCUUUGAUGCUCUCCCCAUCUCAGGGUCAGACCAGCCUUCUCUCUUCACCUUCUUUGACCUGCCGCCCCUUCCUGAUUGGCUGAGCUGACGGAAAGGAGCAGUAGAAGGGGGAGGGGAGGAGACAGGGAAAAAGGUUACAUGGACAGGUUGGGGAGAAUGAGGUCAGCUGUACAGAGGAGCAGAUGGAGGGGGCCGUGGGGGACAGGGCUUGGGCAGGAACCGGCAAGAAGAUUUCAAAAGGAAAUGUGAAAGGCAUCUGCCCAGAGGUCUUUAGAUUUGGACCUCCGAGGAAAAGAACGUCAGGAAAGGUUUAAGGGACACGGGUGGAGGUGUGGCUGAAUCCUCUUGUAUUGUGUGGCUUUCUGUGGGAUGUUAGUGCCAAACUUGUAUAGGGGUAGGGUGCUGUCUUCCACUGACACCCAGAUCCAGAAUCCUUGGUCUUGAGUCCCCUGUCCUUUUCCCCACUUCCACCCAUGGAAACGUAGUUCUUUUCUGGCCCUUUCCCUGCCUGGUCUAGCAAUUCUUGGAACAGCCAUGCCUUCCAAAUGCUAUCAACCUGGGCCCUGAGCCCUGUAAGUGGACGCCCCAGAGCUGGGGUGUGAGGGGGGGCUGGGGGACCCCAUGAAACAGCCACGGACUCCAAUGCCCAGCCCCUUUCCAAAUAAUCCCAUGUCCCCACCCCAACCCUUUGCGGCUCUGUACACAUUUUUAAACCUGGCAAAAGAUGAAGAGAAUAUUGUAAAUAUAAAAGUUUAACUGUU